AUGAACUUCUCGAUCACCUCGAUUGCUCUCAUCGCCAUUCUCCUUCUACACAUUGUGACGGCUGCCAUCGAAUCGCCGGACGAGCAGACCGAGUAUGCCGCCCGAUUGUACGCCAAACUGCGUCCGUUCCGCAUGCUCAGACGUGCGCACAACAUCGAUACGCGUGGAUUGAACAACUUCAAAAAUUGCUAUUUCUCGCCGAUUCAGUGUGUGCUCAUGGAUCGCAAACGCAAAUAA